AUGGCGUCCACAUCUGCUGAGCGGCCGGCUAAGCGAGUGCGACAAGCUUGUGAACCAUGCAGACGCAAGAAGGCAAAAUGUCCUGGGGAGCAGCCAGUCUGCUCCUUGUGCGCCCGGUUAAACCAGCAAUGCGCCUAUGCUGGAGAACAUAGGAGAUCUUCGACAGCUGGGCUUGCCAUCCCACGGGAGGGGGCUUCUGUGCCUCCCGGCUCAGAGAACAGGAUCUCGGAGAUCUUGGAGGAACGACUGGGAAGCCUUGAGGCUAGAAUGGGGCAAGUUCUCGAUGCCCUGGGGCAGAACAGCCCCAGACAAGAGCCACGGGAAGCUGCUCCUCGCACUGCUGUAAUGAGCAACGCUGUGGCAUCCCUUUUAAGCCCAAAUAUCCCCUUCCCCACUUGGGAAAAGGUGCUCGCAAUGGCAGAGCUUUAUCUGAUAUAUUGCCACUCGCAACCCCUUCCACUCUUUCAGAAGGAAGGCUUCCUCGAUAGCCUGAGGAGCCGUGACCCAGAGAUAGUAUAUGCGAUGUUGGCGCUGAGCAUUCGGUUCUCUCAGGACGAGAGUUCGCAGACUGGCGGGUUCACGUCACUUGUUAAUGGCUAUACGGAAGUAGCCAGGGGCUUGGUUAUGAGGAGAGUAUCGGAAGGGCCAAUAGAGCUCUCAACUCUUCAGAGCCUAUGCCUCUUGAGCUUGGUGGAUUUUGCCAAUGGAAACACACACCGUUCGAGCAUCCAUUGCAGUUUGGCAAUGAACUUGGCACAAUGUGCCAACCUUGGCCUAGAGUCUGGCUUAGUACAACCCCCAGCCGCACGUGAAGAGCGCAGGCGCUGCUUCUGGAGUAUUUGUCUCUUGAAGCGUCUUCACGGAGUUGAUUUCGACAAUCUAGAUUUUCCCGAUGGCUGCUUUCCCCAGUUCCCAGAAAGUCCUAGCCGGCCGCCUCCAACGAUCUCAUCAAGCAAUGGGGCGAAUGAAACACGGUCAUCAGGCAUGCAGGAUCAGGGUAUUUUAGCAUACGUGAUCAUGCUCAGUGAAAUAUUUGCAAAAACUGCAAAAUAUGUCAGACGCCAUGGGAAGCCUAGCAACGUACCCCCGUGGUCUUCACAAUCAGAGUAUUCGAAAAUAUUGACUGCUCUUAUGGAACGGGAAACGCAGAUGCCAUACAGCCACAGGUUCAAGCCAGCGAACUUGAGUGAAAGAACACUUGAGGAUCUACAAGAAAGGAGAGAUUACUGGGGCCCAUGGUUGUUGAAUCAGUUCCUAUAUCAUACGAUUCUGUGUCUUUUGAAUCACCCGCUAUUGCUCUCUCUCAGCCUCAGAAAUUUCCGGAGUACGAUUCCCGAGAUAUUCUUGCAGCACAGCUCGGACUUGAUUUCGUCGCACACGACAUGGAUAAUCCAUUUUAUCGACUACUUCGAAGAAAGAUCUUUCGUUGUCUCGGAUCCUUUCUUGGGCUAUAGUGCUGCUGUGGUAGCAACCAUUGAAUUGCAGCUUAGCUUCACGGAGAACACUACCAUUCGCGAAGAGAAACGCAACAGGUUUUACAAAUGUGUUAGUUUCGUGCAGAAUCUAGGACGCAAGUGGCCACAUAUGGCACGUUUGGCGGACAGAUUGCAGAGCUUGGAAGAUGCUGUCUCAGCAUCCUAUGAACUUGAGUCUGGUGCUCAGAAUAAGUACUUACUCAUAGACCUCUCGCGCUUCUGGGAGAUCCUCGAGUAUUCUUCCAAUAGUGACGCAGAGUCAGCCUGUCGCAUGUUUGGGGACUCACUCUAUUCUGAAGCUCCCACACCUGGAGCCGAAGUGUCGCAGACGUCUCCUUUACCGGAGCCUUUUCGUUUGCAUACACAACAAUCUCUACCACAGUCGCCAACAUCUCAAUUCAACAUUCAGACCCCCAUCAUCACGGCCGAUGCACAGUAUCCCAUGGGUGUCGACUCGCCUACUUACGAUGAAUACUCAAUAUUAGCCACAAACUUCUUUUCGCAAGCCCAGGACUUUCUGCGAAGCGGUGAUCCGAGGAACGGAUUCGGAAACUUAUGA